AGCCCGGUGGGGGGCUUCGACGACUACUUUGAAGCAGAGCGAGCGAAGGGAAGAAAUCUCCGCCAUGGCCGAGGGGUUCAAGAUCGACCAAAAGCACGGUAAGGGGAGGGUUAGGGUUUCUAGGGUUUGGAGGAGGGUCGGAGGUUCCGGCGCUGGCGUUGGCAAUGUCAUCGUUGAGUGGAACGUUAGCGUUAGCCUCGCCUCCGACUGCCUCCCGGCGUACACCGCCGGCGACAACUCCACCAUCGUCGCCACCGAUUCCAUUAAGAACACCGUGUAUGCGAAGGCAAAAGAGUGCUCCGAGGUCGUGUCCAUGGAGAACUUCGCGCUUCUUCUCUCAAGGCAUUUCACGACGUUCUAUCCUCACGUUACAGCUGCCACGGUCAAUAUUGUUGAGAAGCCCUGGGAGCGUGUGGUGGUGGACGGCCGACCCCAUUCACAUGGAUUUAAACUUGGGUCUGAGAAGCACAUGACUGAAGUAACUGUGAACAAGUGUGGUGCUUUGAGUAUAACUUCUGGAAUUCAAGGAUUGGCCCUACUAAAAACUACAAAGUCUGGUUUUGAAGGGUUUGUAAGGGACCGAUACACACUUCUUCCAGACACAAGGGAAAGGAUGGCAGCAACAGAAGUCACCGCUUCUUGGAGGUACUCUCUUGAACAUGUUUCUGAAAUUCCUGCCAAGCCAUUUUGUUUCACAGAAAGAUAUGAAGGUGCAAAGAAAGUCCUGGCUGAUACCUUCUUCGGUCCACCGGAUGUGGGAGUUUACAGUCCAUCAGUUCAAAACACACUUUUCCUCAUGGCAAAAGCUGUUCUCAACAGGUUCCUGGAUAUAGCAUCAAUUCAGCUCAGAAUGCCAAACCUCCACUUUUUACCAGUCAACUUGUCUAGCAAGGAAAACCCUGACAUGGUGAAGUUUGCUGAUGAUGUCUAUAUGCCGACUGAUGAGCCACAUGGUACCAUAGAAGCAACUCUUAGCCGCACGUUGUCCAAGAUUUAGAUGUUCUUGGCUCUUAUAUAGAAUAAUAGAUCGCUAAAUAUUUGCUGUGGUAUGGUCAUCUGCUUUUAUUAUGGAAGUAUGGUCAUCUUGGUUUCAUCAGGUGUGGUGCCAAUUGGCUGUAAAAUUUUUGCUCUGAUCCUCUCAUGCAUGUACUUAUAGCCUCUGAAAUGGUACAGGUUAAGCUAAUGGUUUAAUAGGAUUACGUCGAGGUA